AUGGGGUCCGGACCCCCGAGUGGAAACAAAUAUGGAUAUACAGAUGAAAAAGUAGGUGAGCACAUAACUGGAAAUUUUGAUCCGACCGCUUUGGAAAGAGGAGCAAAAGCUCUGAAGGAGUUAGACCAAUCAUCUAAUUCGAAAAAAGCAUUUGAAUUAAUAAAAUUGCAGGAGCUAACAAAACAAAAGGAAUAUGAGAAGCAGAUGGAAGAAUUGUCUUUACAACGAGCUCAAUAUCUUAGUAAUAAAACUAGGAUAGAAAAUGAAGAGAGAAGGAAAACUAUUAAUUAUCAACAAGAACAAGAAAGAGUUACAGCUGAAUAUAAGACUAGGUUAGAAGCAGAAGCCUAUCAAAAAAAGCUUCUAGAUCAACAAAAACAAAAUGAAGAGUGGUUACGAAAUCAACAUGAACAAUAUUUAAGACAAGAAAAUAUUAGAAAAAGAAAUGAAUUAGAAUUAAUGAAUCUAAAAAUGAAACAAAUAAGAGAGGAGAAAAGUUUAGAACGUGAAAAUAUGAAGGCUAGAAUAUAUGAAGAAAAUAAAGGAUUAAUAGAAAGAGAAAGAAAAAAUUUAGAUAUUCACUUAAAAACGUUAAAAGCAAAAGCAGAUGAGGAAAGAAAAACAAAAAUAGAAAGUAUUAAUAAAUACUUUGAACAGUUUAAUAAUUCUUUAUUUUUAUUUUUAAAUGAUAAGGAAAAGGUAUACAGAUUUGCAUUAGCCGUUACACUUACAUCACUCGGUGUUUAUGCAACUAAGCAUACUACUAGAUUUAUAAGAACAUAUACUGAAACUAAACUGGGAAAACCUAAGCUAAUAAGGGAAACCUCCCUAUGGCAUAUUAAUAAGUUUUUUGAUUUAUUCAAUUUGAAGAGAAAUUUUUCUCUUUUUAAGAAAUACAUAGUAGUACAAGUUAACGGAGGAGGGGAUAAAGCCCAUCAUAAGGUAGCGAAUAUAAAAAGUGGUAGUGGUAGUGGUAGUGACAGUAGUAGUAACAUGUUUGAUCAAAUCGUGUUGAAUGAAGAAUUGCAAGAAAAGCUUACAUGGUCUAUUAACAGCUUAAGAAAUUCAAAGAAAUAUGAUCUCUAUUUAAAAAAUAUAUUAUUACAUGGUCCACCAGGUACAGGAAAAACUCUUUUUGCAAAAACAGUAUCAUACUAUAGUAAUUUCGAUUAUAUCAUAAUAAAUGGAGGAGAUGUAAGCGCAUUAGGUAUACAUGCGUCUGUUGAAUUAAAUAAGAUAUUUGAAUUUGUUAAAAAAAGGAAAAAUAAAAAAUGCAUUAUUUUUAUUGAUGAAGCGGAAGCUUUUCUUAGGAAAGGACGAAAUGAAUCAUUUAUUAAUUUUUCUGAGCAUUUAAGAAAUGCAUUAGCUUCUUUUCUAUAUCAUACAGGUACAGAAAGUAAAAACUUUGGUGUUAUCUUAGCUACCAAUUGUAGAGAUAUACUAGACCCAGCUGUUAUGGAUCGAAUUGAUGAACAGUAUAAUUUUGACAUCCCACAAAUUAGUGAAAUUAAAAAAAUGGUAUCGGUAUAUUUUAAUAAAUAUGUUUUUCCUUUAAAAAAAUAUAAUAUAAUCAUUGAUGAUUCUGUAGAUGAUAAUUAUUUAGAUGAUAUAGCUAGACGGCUCUAUGGAUUAUCAGGAAGACAAAUAUCAAAGUUGUGUUUAAACAUCCAGAAUACUGUAUUUGGAAGUAAUUCAAAAGUUGUUUCCAAGGAGCUUAUCGAUUUGAUAAUUAACUGGAAUCUCAGUAACGCGUUCGACGUAGGUGAAGUGGGGACUGGUAGACAGACCGCUACGGAUAGCCAGCCUCACCAGGGCACGAGGCAGUACGAGAAGCAGAGUGAAAUGCGGAAUGAGCAGUAUGAAACGCACAAUAACACGCAGAUCAGUAGCUAUAACCCCAGACAAAACUCAGGUUCUCAUAACACGGCAAAUUCCAAUUCACGUAAAAUGGAAAACAAGGUGGUAUUAAAUCAUGUGUUGUAA